GUUUUACAAUGUUUAAUAGGUGGCUCUGAACUGAUCCAGGCUUUUUCGAUAGAGGCAGUCCGUGAAAAGUCAACUCAAAUUUGCAGAAGGACCUAAAAAGAUCACUUAGGAACUUUUUUUCAGAACGGUAUGUAUUUAAUCCCCAUGUUUAUCUUAAAAGUGCUUCGUUGCAUAUUGUGUCAGCAAAAUGCAUCAAUUCUGUGUGGUCUCUAUGAAAGUUUGAUUGUUCAGCGGUUUGACACUUUCCACCUGACAUUCUCCAAAAAUCCAGCCAGGAAACUGUUUAGGUUAAUAUAGACUGGUAUUCCCAAUAAUCGAAUUCAGGAUCAAUGGACACUAGGUGCGUUCAGUCACCACGAUCGCAUUCGUAGUUUAUACUAAGCUGUAAAGAUAUGAUGGUCACAACAAAACUGAGAUGGAUUUAUUUUCACGUAUAGCAGCGUAAGAAGUGACAUUAAGAGGCCGUCUGCACGUACGAUUCGAUUUUUAUGCAGCCGGAUUGGAUCUCCCAUGAAAGGAAAAGCUAUUUAAAUUUCACGGGAUAUUUUUCAGUAACAAGGCUAUGUUAUUUUGUGCAUGCCACUUUCAUACGUUCAACAAACAGGCAAGGCGCCUAUCGUUAAUUACCAUAAACGUAUGGAAAGUAUUCAGAAACUGAAGCCAUUGCUUAAAAAGAAGUUUAAAUACAUAUCAGGGCACUUGUAAAGAAAGUAGCUAUACUGAAUACUUUCGAAAGUUCGGUUAUCAGGAACAGAUCAAUGUCACGGUCACUGAUCAUGAACGUUCGAAAACACAGGCGGAACAACACAGGUACCCCAGGCUCACGAGUGAGUUGCGGAACAGAAAUAUUAUAAGAGUUUGUAUGGAAAAUUUAUCGAUCGUUAUUUAGGGCGUUCAAAUAGAAAUAAAAAUACAUCAAAACUUCCUACCUUGUCUGCUUGUCUUGUGUGCGGUAUUUUCAUAGCAUGUCUGGCCGUUUCAGCGCGAUUUUAGCGAGUUUUAGUUCUACCGUAGCUCAGGGUGAGCAACGAUAGAACUAAAACUCGCUAACGAUGUAUUUUUAUUUUGUAUUGUUUCACCGGGAUGAUCAGUCAGUGGUGAAAAUAUACGAUUUGAUUGUUCGUUGACGUCACGCAUUAGCGCUUGCCUUUCUUUUUGUCUCCCGCGAAGUAGGUUCUACAUAGUGUCAUGAUUUGCUGUUUAGAAGUUGAUUAAUUGUAAAGUUUUCUUCGGCCGCGAUACAGCAACUGAAAACAACACAGGCUUCAGACAUGAUUCAAGCUCCGUUUUCAGAAGACGUUUUCAAAAGACGUUUGUGUUACAGUCGCGUAAAGUUGAUAACCAACGAUGACGUCAAAACAAACUCGGAGUCGCUCUUCGUAGAACUUAAAACUUUUUGGGGGGUUAGUUGAAAACCGUGGAAGAUUUAUUGGCCGGUAGCACAAGGAGGUGGUUUUUUUCUCCUGUCUCGUACUCGCCAAAUUGUCUGGGAAAAAGUUGACAAAACCACAACAACAAAGAAAAACUGCCGCCGAAAGGCUACGACACCAAAGAAUACGUACCGUAAAUCCUCCAUUAAGCCCCCAGGGCUUAUUUAUUACCCCCCCCGGGCAUAUUUAUUUCAAACACAUUUGAGGGAGAGGGGGCUUAUUUGAGAAGGAGGCUUAUUAGGGGAUUUACGGUAUGUCUUCAAACUCUCAAGGAGGCCUCCUGGACGGUCCCUUUCCAAAACCCCAGGGCUAAAGCGUACAGGAAACUCUGGGCACGAAAGUGAAAUGGUAGUUGUACACGACAGAUUUCUAGAAUGCUUCAAUCAUUGGCACUUUGCAUGGGUGUUGUUCGUGGGAGGUGGUAGCUUUUUUUCGAAAGGUGGUCACACGUAGCCUGUGCCAGGCUCUCAGAUAGUAGGACGUCGCGAAGACAAGCCAAGCGGAAAUAAGACGCGCGUGAUUUGGAAAAGUUGGUGGUGGCGGAAAAAGAAGAAGUGCCUUCUCUCGCCCCAGCCCCCCGCGCUUUUCGAAACAGUUUUCACGAGUUUCUGCACAUUACUACUUGGAGCCUGGAACGGGCUAGGUCACUCAUGGAGAUUCGACUGUAUCUGUCACCUUUCAGGCGGCAAUAUAAUCAGUGUAGAUAACCUUACAAAAUGUUCUUUUUAUAUAAAAAUUGACGAAUUGCUGUCGGUCAAUAGGCAUUUCAAGCUCCUCUACACCAGCGCUUGAGAUGACACACCACACUACACCAGAGUACAUAAACUGGAUUGCUUUCGCCCAUGGCUUGACGAACGUUUUAUGUGAUGGUCUUCGCCCAUUUGUGACAAGAGAGACGGUGACGUUUUAUGAUAAUGUAUCGAAAGCAGUUGCAUCUCUGCCUGGAGCUGGACCCUGUACGUGCACUUUUGUCUCAAGGAGGAAACCAAACGAAUAUCAUGACAUGACCACCUGCACCUGGGCCAAAAUCCUCGAGGGUAGUCACCAUAGAAACAAACCAAUCUGGAAACAAAGUGAUUCCACCAAGUGGACAGAUCCAAUCCAGGGGCCUUGGGAGAUAGCCAAACUUUUCAUCCCUGAUGUGGGAGGUCGCGCGAUAACGAGUGCAAAGGAUAUGGACCUCACAGGAAUCUUGAACUUGAUGUACUGGUGUAAACACUUCCUGCUUAUUCCGCAACCCUUGAUAGACGAUCUGCGUGAAAUUCGAAACAACAAGUGGGGGCACGUGACCAAGCUAGAGUUAACCGAUGAUGAAAAGGCCACCGCCUUUGGUACAAUGGAAGCACUGCUUCAGCAUCCUAGCUUAGCCCGUGAUCGGGACGCCCAGAAAGCCCUACAUGAGAUCCAGACACUUAAAACUGUCACAGACGUAAACAAUUUUCAAGCAGAAAUUCUCACCCAGUAUAAAAAAAUGCUCGAAGACCUUAAGAAUGACUCCACACAAAAUCUGACAGUUCUAAGGCAGUUGGAGCAACGGCUAAACAUCGUUGAGGAGGAGUUGGAAAAAACAAAAGACACCCUUGAGACCAAAGACAGUGUAUAUUCCUAUAUGAACCAGGUCAAGAAUAGCGCGCUAUUUUUCUGCAGCAACCUAAUCAAGUGCACUCGAGUAAUGUCAAAGCGGCUGCUUACUCCUUGGUUGAUGAUCAUUUUGCUGUGUAAUUUCAGUGUCACUCUUCUUGAUCCCAGAUCAUACCAAGACGGUAAGCAAUAAGUUCAGGAUAUACAGUUAUUCACCUAACUAAAAGUUAAGGAGAUAGCGUUUGUACCGGCAAGUGGCAUUUUGUACUGGUUGCAUUCCACAGGUCACCGUGCUAGAAAUAAAUAAAACGGAACAGAAGUAUCAUAGCCCUGAUCCCUAUCCCUUACAUUGACUACAUUGACUACACCAGCUACAAUAACACUUAAUCUAUACACAAACUUGUUGUUGAAUUGUAUAUUUAACAAUUAAUGAAUGAGGCUGAGUAUCUUAUGAAGAAUUAUGGAGAUCGAGGAGGGUGUUGAUAACACCCUCCGGGAAGUGAAGUGUCCGCCAUUUUAGUUUUUACAACGAAAACAACUCAAUCUCGUCCCCAGGCCUUCUCGGUUAACGGUGCAUUAACCUGUAGAAGGCUGCAUUUUUGACGUCAUUUCCUAGUUAAACACAAAAUUCUUCCAAAUUUGGUCAUCAGUAACUGGUUAUGGUGAAUUAUGCGUGUGCUUUUAGCUAAUUAGAAUUAAGGAAAUAUUUUGAAUGAAUAAUCAACUAUCAACUAUCUGUACGCGUACAUCAUAUCUCUACGCGUGACUUUGUUGUAAUACAGUUAUUCUUUUCUUUGUAAUGCCGGGUUAGCGCGCGCUCUUUAAUUUUGGAAUAACGUCGUAGAGCCUCUUAUGUUAGGUAGCGUGUAUAUAUUGUAACGGCUCUAGCCACUUAGUUGCCCUGACGAAGUAUUUCAAUAAAGUACCCUCCAAGCAGAGGGUACAUUUUCGAUGUGUGAGCUGUCGUGCGAAAAGUAUCCUCUGCCGAAAAUCGCUCAAUUUUAAUUUCUAUCGUGCAUGCGCAAAAUUUGUCACGCGAUUCGCUAGCAAAAUUAGUCGUCAGGUCUGUCGUCCUGCUACGCAAGACUCACGCAAUGCUCUAAACCGGUCCAGAACAGGAAAAAACCCGUUUUUUAAAUUUAUUCCUCCAGAUUUCUGAACGGAUUUGAGCGGUUUUUCACACGCGAGCUCACACAGUGAAAAUAUAGCCCCUGCUCGCAGGGUAUCAAUAAAGACGAAAUAUCGGCAAGAGUCGUUUUUUCCAGUUCUUUGAGGUUACAUAAUGUUAUUCUGAAAUUACCAUCCUGGCUUUGGAUGUUGUUUAUUGUGUAUAUUGUGUAUACUUUCUCUUCGUGUUUGAAGGAUGUCCAGCAGAAGAUUCUAGUGUGCCAUUCGAAACCAAAGAGUUCAACAUGUCAGAAUACCUGGACGCAGACCGAGCUGAAGACUUUGUCGGUCGUCAGUGGCUGUUUAGAGAGGUGGAAGAUGCAUUUGAGGAAGAAAACAUUGCUGGGGUGCAGAUAAUAGGAAGUCCUGGUUCCGGUAAGUCCGCACUUGCCUCCCAGCUAAUAUGUUCGCGGACCUCAAGCUCAUUUAUCCAUGAGCGUAUUUUAGGAUACCACGUUUGCAAAUAUUCUGACAAAAAUACACAAAUGGCAGGAAAGUUCGUUCGAAAUUUAGCGGAGAUGAUAGGCCGCAGGCUGCCCGAGUACGGUAUCAUCGUUACCAACACUACUCACAUUCAGCGCUCACUUACGGAGGACUGCAUCCAUUACCAGGAUCCUGUAGGCUGUUUCGAAGUUGCUGUGUUGUCUCCUUUGAGGAACCUGAAGAAUAAACCGAGAAAAAAUUGGUUUGUGGUUGUAGAUGCCUUGGAUGAAUGUCUUACACAAGGUGAAACAGGCCACAGCAUUGUAUUUCUGCUCAAUAACAAGGUUCAUCGGUUUCCUCCAUGGUUAAAAGUCGUUAUGACUUCGCGAAAUGAAUCGUAUGCUUCUCUUCAUUCAAGUAAAGUGAAGAAGAUAACUAUUGAUCCUGACGACUCAAGAAACCUUAAAGAUCUCGAGAUCUUCGUGACGAAAAGACUUUUUCAAGAAGGCCCAUUGUUGCAACGUAUAACGUGGUGGUUUGGGGAUGACAGUGUGAAAAGUAUCACAAAGUUGGCAACCCAGGUACUAAGCACAAGUCAAGGUAACUUUCUGUUUGUGACAGAAUUGCUUAAGGAUUGGGAGAACUCAAGACAUGUACAGGAAUUAAGGAACGCAUAUGUCUUGCCAAAGACUUUGCGUGAUCUGUUCCACAGUUACUUUGAAAGGCUAUAUCCUAGAAAAGGAAGCUUCAGGCCUGUCCGGCACAUUUUGGAAUUAUUAGUUUCAACAUUUGAGCCGUUAACGCAAAACCAAAUGUUUGAUAUACUCAAAAUAAGAGAGAACAGCCUAGAUGAAUACGAUUUCAAGAAUCGAUUAAGAGAGCUUGGCCACUUUCUGAAAAUUGGGAAGGACAAUACCCUAACACUGUAUCACUUGUCGCUAACUGAAUGGCUCACCAGUGAAGAGAACGAGAAAUAUUUUGUGAGUAAAGAGAAAGGACAUGAAGUAUUCUGUGAUUAUUAUUUUGGUGUGGUCAGGGACCGAAAAAAGAAUAGGCCUAAAGACUACAUUCUCGCUUUAGCACAGCACAUUGUGCUCGGUGAUUCGAAAGAGGCCCAUGUUCAAGAAUUUCUCAGUUUGCCUUCACAGACAAUCAAUUCAUCAGAUCCGCAAAACAACAGAACUCUACUACACAGUGCAGCAACAAUAGAUAACAGAGAUGCUUUGGAACUUCUUUUGAGCCAUUUUAGUUUCAUUGAUUAUGUUGAUGACCGUGGAAUUACUCCCGCGUUUUUGGCAGCCGAACGAGGGUUUGUGGACAACCUUGUUCUCUUGGUCAAAAAAGGAGCCAAAAUAAACCACAAGACAAAGACGAUGGUUUCAUUUUAUAAAGCCAACUUUCUAACAGCCUUGCGGAAUGUCGACAUUAAAUUAAUAGAUUAUUAUAAACUGUUGAGUAUACCCGAUGCUAUUGAUGAAUCCAAGUCAAAAUAUUUUGAUUCCUCGAUGCUACACGCAGCAGCCCAAAGAGGGCGUGCAAGCGUUAUUCGCUUCCUUAUUCAGAACAAUACUAACCUGUCCUUGUUGGAUGGUGCACAGCUCACUGCUAUCCAGAUAGCUGCUGAAAAAGGACAUCUUGAGGUCGUUAAGAGCCUAUAUGAGGCAGGCGCAGUUGCAGACCAAACCGCCCUCCACCAUGCAGCUGCAAACAACAGGCUCGAGGUAGUGAAUUACCUGUUGGACAUUGGUGUGAAAGAUAAAUGUCGGAGAUGUGAUGGCUCUUUUUACUGGGUGGAAGGCGGAAAACACCGCCUCACUAAUGGAAUUUUGUUUUUAAGUCCCCCUCAAAAAGAAUAUUGUCCGCUCUGGGAGAACACAUGGCCAGAUGAAAACAAAACAUUGUUUGAUGAUAAACAUUUGAUUUUCUGUCAUUCUGCCCUUCAUGCGGCAGUUUCUUCAGGCCACGAGAAAGUUGUUACUCGUCUUCUUUCUGAAAAACAUAACGCACUAGAUUGCCACGAUUAUUCAGGGAGAACUCCACUUCAUGAAGCUGUUCGAAAUAAUGACAAGAUCAUUGUUAACUUAUUGCUGGAAAAACAAUCACAGAUGAUACACAAGAAAUGUAAACAUUGGAAAGAACUGGACAAAAUGCAACUUGAUUUACCUGAACGUACGAAAUACUAUCAAGAAGUCUGUCACUGUGGCUACACUCCUCUGCAUCUUGCAGCAAGGUAUGGCCAUCACCAAUUGGCAACAUUGCUCAUCAGAAAAGGGGCUCGUGUUGAUGAUCAGGACUGCAGUGGAACCACACCCUUGCACCUUGCAGCUCACUAUGGUUUUGCUGAUACUGUUAACGUCCUUCUUAACAUGAACGCGACAGUGGAAAUGAAAGACAAAAAUGGUAAGACGCCGCUGGAAGUGGCCUUGGAAAAUCCAUUAGUCGUAUCAAAACAAACGCAGCCUUUUAGAGCAACUAAAGAUUCAAAUGGUCAUGUGAUGGUUGUUUGUCUCCUUCUUUCUUCUGCUGCUUCCAGAUGGAAGUGCAUGAGUACUGAGACGGUCCCAAUUAAAUGUGGAAAACCUUUCAGUCAUUCUCUGUUUCAUCUUUUGAGUUAUAUCUCUCCGACUUUUGAAGAGAACAACUUUUUCUUCUCAGAGAACUGCAGUGAGCACACUCACCCAAAUUGUACAGUUAAAAAGGGUCCCCUUGCUAAAGCUAUCGAAAGUCAUCCAGAGAAACAAUUGAUAAUAAGCACUUGUUUUGACGCUGAGGGAUUUACCCCGCUACAUAGAGCAGCACAAGGGGUCAAUCUAGUGGCAAUUCGCUAUCUUCUUGCAAAUGGUGCAAACGAUUCUAUUUUAAAUCCUCAAGGAUAUGACGCCUUAACACUGGCUGUACUUCAUGCAGGAAGGAAGCGAUUGUGGCAGCUUCAUGGACUUACUUGGAUGGAUGUCGAUAUUCGUUACCUGAUAGAGGCUGAACAGGCGGCUAUUGAACUUCUGCGCCACGCAGUAAAAACUCGUGGAUACAAGAUACGAUGCGACUGCACCAAAGCCGAACUGACUUUAUAUCAUUUAGCGGCCUCCCGUGGAUUAGCGAACUUUAUCAAAGUGAUAUUUAAUGAAACUGAUUUGGAUCAGUUAGAUGUGGAUUGCGCCAACUUGGAUGGGAUAACACCACUAUAUUUGGCAGAGCUUUUCAAACAGGAGGUAAGAUUGGGCCUCGACAAUCCUUGGAAAGAACUAAUCCGUUUUUUAAAACAACGUGGAGGUAAGACACGGGAUCCCACUAAGGACGCUGAACACAGUAUAAUAUUUAACACUGUGUUCGGCUCUUUUCCAAACAAGUUUACAUUAGAUUUGAGGCCUGACGUGGUGCAUUUCGUUACUUCGCUUCUCACGUCAUAUGAAAAGAGUGGAAACGAAUCAUUUUGUUGCUCUUCCGUUUCUGAUCUUGAUCAUAAACACUAUUACGAUCAUUAUUUUCCCGUGCUGCGGCUUCGGAGAAACAUCGAUGAAUUUUUACGAGGACUUCCAGAGGGCGAUCGGUCAAAACACUUUUGGAGAGACUUUACACGGUGUUCAUAUCAUAUGGAUGAAUUUAACAGAUACCUUUUGAGCUUUGAUUUGCAUAAAGAAGCCUAUUUGAAAUAUAUUACAAAGAACAAGAAUUCGGAAAUCUUAAGCAAGGUACAAACAAAGUGGUUUCAAAAGCAACUUCACAUUCUAAUGAAGAUUCGAUAUACGGAGGUUUUCCGAGCCUUUGCUUGUUUGAAAUCGCUAUCUUCGAGGCUAAAAACUGUUUUCCAUUUUGGUUUAAGACCAGUUGCAAGUAUUGUUCAGGAGUAUGAGAAAUGCCCACCUGUUAGCAUUUACCUUAGUUUAAUUUGCGGUAGCCUGACAUUGAUGUUCGAAGACUACAAGUAUAUAUCAUCUCAACUGCCAGUACCUGAGGGAGAGAAAGAACUUUUUAGUCGUCUCGGUCAGUGUACCAUUUUGGAAUUAAUUUUGAAAAACUCACUAGGUUUCUUCCGUAAAUAUGACUAUCUCAAAACUCUGCAGGUUGGAAUAAAGCCAGGUACCCAAGUUGAUCAUAUCUAUACGAUGCUGGAGGAAUACACUCGGAAGAUGUCUUUAGAGUUAGGGACCUUUCGUGCUAGAUUAGUGGUUGGGGUCGCCAUGAAAGGUAUCCCCCGGAUGUCAGGGUCGGCCAGCGGAGGGUAG